AGGCUAUUUUUGUGAUCUGAGUAUUGCUCCUUUUUGUUGGAUCUGUGAGGAAUGAGAAUCGGGGAUUUUUUUUCUGUGGUGUGUGUUUCUGCUGUGUCGUGAUUGACAGAUUUUUUAAGCUCAAGGUAGUGAAAUAAUAAGACCUUUGCUGGAUUUGGUAUUCUGAGGCUGGGGUAAUUGGUUCUGUGAAUAAUUCACUGCAUUAUGUUUGUGUGGAAUCUGAGUCACGAUUUUUACUAUUUUAAAUUAUUGAUUAUUCAAUUAUUUAUUUAUUUUCACAUUAUUUAUUAUAAUUGAUUUGUAUUUUGGUGUUUGUGUGUGUUUCCACUGCUCAGGUAGAGUGGAAGCGGAGAGAAAAACUCCAGGUUUAGAUAUUCCCUUGUUUAUUUUCCCUAGAUGUUGAUGGGUAGAUUUCUUAUUGGAAUUUAUUGCAGAAUAUGAUAUGAUGGAUUGAUAUUUGUAAUUUUUUUGUCUUAACAAAUUGGAUCAAGGAAAUAUGUUUUUACUGUCUUUGUUUUUUCUCUUGGACUUAUUUUUUGAGCUUUGUAGCUAUAAUAUGUGGAUCAUAUACCUAGAGAUGGACAAUUUCCUUAUGGUUUCUUUCACUGUGCAAACCAAGGCAGGGAGGUUUCAAACUAUCACCUGCAAUGCUGCACACUACCCAAAAUUUUGUCCUAUUUGCUUGAUUUCCUCCUACUACCGUUGUAUUUUUGUUAGCAUGCAUGAGUCAUACAGUCCAUCUGUGUCCUAUUUGGGAUGAUUUCCUCUUGUCUUCAAUGUUUAUAAUAGUGCUUGGUCGCAGAACUCCAUAGUCAUAUAGUCAUCUACACAAAUUACUAACAUUUCAUAAAAACUGUUAUUGUUAUUGCAGGGGAAAAGAGGUAUUGAAAAACAACCCUAUCAGCUUCCUGAUUUCAUUGCUGCCACAGGAUUUGAGAAAAUCAGGCAGGUAAUGCAAUUUCUGAUUCUUUGUCUGAACUUCUGAUUUGGUUGUUGAGAUUUAAUAUUUUUUAGUAGUUUACCAGGCAGAUAUCAAUUUAUGAUUGUCAUUCUCUUUUGAAUUUAUAGUUUUCUAUUUGGUGGUUGUGUUUUGAAUCAGCUGUUUGCAAUCUGCUCAAGUGUUUGGGGUCCAUCUGCUGGCUCAUUUAUGGCUUUGCCUCAUUUAUGACAUUAAAUAUGCUACCUUUGAAUUUGAUUAGAAUAUUCUAUCACUACAUGUUACUAGCAGAUACUCAUUGUUUAUUUCAUUAGUUAUUCAAGCACUAGCUAGGCAUUUGCUUUAUGUAUGUAUUGCUAGAAGAAGAGGAUACUCAUUGUAUUUGCUUUGUUUGUGAACUGGUCUUUUGUUUGACAUUUUAUUUGAGUAUAGGCAUCAAAGUGUUAAAUGAAGAUUUACUCUUGAGAUAAUUAUACUUUGUUGGUUGGCCUUUAACUAUAUUUGCUCCUAGUACUUGGAUUGUCAUAUGAUUUGUGACAAUGAGAUGAUUUCUUUAUAUGCACAAUUUACAUAUAUAAAACAAACUGGGUUUUCACAAUCAAGCAAAAAGAUUGGUAACAAUAUUAAGCAAAUGAAUGCUGUUCUGAACUUUUGGGUAAAUCAAAGGUUAGAAAAAUUUUGUAGAGUUAUGACUCAAUAUCUAAAAGUUGAUACAUUGUUUCCGGUCAAGCACAACCUUUUCUGACCAAGCCCAUUGCACUGUUCUGUUCACAUACUAUGUUCUAUUCAAUGUUCACAAAUGUCUUCACUCCUCUGUUGAGUCUGUUCUGUUGGUAGCUUGACUUUUGUUCAAUGCAGUCAUGAUAGUAGCUUGACUUUUGUUCUUCUAUGUUACUUGACAUUUGUUUUUAUUUACUUGUGUUUAGAUUACGACUAUACUUUCAGUUGUUAUGUAUAUAUGUCUCUUUAAUCUAUUUUUAAUUAAGCAUUUUAUAUGUGCUGUAUAAAUUAUUUAACUUGUAUCUAUAAUCUUUUAGCACAGCAGCCAUCCCACUAUAGCAGUCCAAGGGUAAACCACUCUGCUGUUUUCUGGGUUUGAUAACUAGUCUUGUUUUACCAUGUUUCGUCUCAACCUAUUAACAACAUUGUUUAUUUAUUCUCUGUUUGAAAAAAAAAAACUACGGGCUGGGUUUGUGUUGGUUUUAGGAGAAGUUGAAAUCGAACCAAUCUACUUUAGUUGGGUUGAAUCUGGUUGAGAGAAAUAUUUUGUCAAAGGUUGGGUUGGUUUGGGUCAGGUUACCUCUCGAGAAAGUUCUACAGUAAUGUAAUUGUUUUUAAAAUGACCUAGACUGUCAUUGACUCAUUGCUUUAUACAAUUUGUAAAGAUAGAUUUAUAAAUAUGGUCUAGUCAUAUUUCUCAUUUUGAUUCUGAUGUCUAAUUGUGGCAGCUGAAUAAAUCAAAAUCUAAGUAUGGAAGAUUCUGAUCAACUUGCUAAAUCUGUGGAAGACCAGCAAACUGAACAAGGUAUGUCAGAAAAGGUUGUUAAUCUGAAGUUUGUUAAUCUCUAUCUUUGCAUUGGACCCAGAUGAAGAAUCUUUGGUUUUUAUUCUCUGCAUUUCUGCUUGUAACUACAAUUCUUCUUUUUGCUGUAUUUUGUCUAUUUUCAGUGUGUAGUUUCUUCAGAAAACCGGUUAAUAGGAAGAAUAUAAGGAAACGCACUAUUGAUAAUGAAGAUGAGGAGGACUCAAACAAAGAAAGCUCUUUGUUGCAUACUCAGAAAAAGACCUUGAGGCCUGACAAUAAGUUGUAUUUUUCCACUGGCUCUUCAAAAAGCUCUGCACCUGCUGAACCAAGUGAAGAACCUGGUAAACCAGUCUUUCAGUUCGAGUCCUCUAAAGAGAUUCAAGUUCAACAUGAUAGCAAGGCAACAGCAAUUCUAGAGACUGAGACUGAGUUUACAAAAGAUGCUCGUGCCAUCCGUGAAAGAGCUCUUAAGCAAGCAGCGGCGAGUCUGAAAGGGAAAAGCACAAAUUCUGAGGAUGAAAAACUAUAUAAGGGAAUCAACAGUUACAAAGACUAUAAAGCUGGCUUUCGCAGAGAACAAACAAUUGCUAGUGAAAAAGCUGGUGGGGCACAUGGUCCUCUUAGGGCUUCAGCUCAUAUAAGAGUCUCAGCAAGAUUUGAUUAUCAGCCUGAUAUAUGUAAGGAUUACAAGGAAACUGGUUAUUGUGGAUAUGGUGAUGCAUGUAAAUUUAUGCACGAUAGAGGGGAUUACAAGUCUGGGUGGCAAUUGGAGAAGGAAUGGGAAGAAGCUGAGAAAGCAAAGAGGAUGAGAUUGGCUGCAGGUGAGGAUGCAGAUGAGGAGGAGGGUGCUAAUUUGACUGAUGAAGAUGAUGAUGAUUCAUUACCAUUUGCAUGCUUCAUUUGUAGAAAUCCUUUUGUGGAUCCUGUUGUAACCAAGUGCAAGCACUACUUCUGUGAGCAUUGUGCAUUGAAGCAUCAUGCAAAGAAUAAGAAGUGUUUUGUCUGUAACCAGCCAACCCUCGGCAUUUUUAAUGUUGCUCAUGAGAUACGCAGGAAGAUGGCCGAGGAUAAAUAAUCUCACUCUAUACCAUUCAUGGAUCUUUUUGCUUUAUGGAAGCUAUCUUUUCUUCCCCAUUUUAGCUUGUAUUAGAGUGAUGCUAUGUAAUGAUAUGUAACGAGUUGAAAACAUCCAAAGGUUUACACCGUCAGAUUAGAUCUUAUGAAUUUUGUUGUAUUUGAGUCUUACAGAUCCCAGAAUGUCUUUUAGUGAGACAUUACCAAUUUGUAUAUAGGACGUCACUUGUGCACGCUGUGGAUCUUUUUGCAGUAUAAUUCAGUUUGAUACCAAAUUUUGAAUGGAGCCACCUUGCU